AUGGCUUACGCUGUCCGCAACGACCACAUCGUGAGCUACGGCAGCACUGCCUACUACCCACCUAGCAGCGGCCGCCGCAACCGCAGCCCUCAGGAGAGCCACUGCGACGUGAGGAUCUGCGUAUGCGAUGACUACCGCUCCUCCCCUCCGCCGCCAUCAUCGUCGCACUUGGUCUCAAGCUCGGUUCAUGUCCAGGUGCGCCACGGCGGGGGCUCGAGGAGGCGCUCCUCCCGACGAUGUGGCCGCUGCGGCCUUGACCGCAGCGGGGGGGGUCCACACAUGUCGUCGUCUGGCAGGAGCACAGCUACGACGACCACCAGCAUCCUCGUCGACAACCGGGCCUCUGGGUCCUCCCUCUGGCACCGGUACGGGCCAGAAUUCCGCGUCGGCAUCUCGCACUCGACCUCUACGUCGGACAUCAUCGGGUUCCUGGCCCCCGAAUCCUCCCGGUACGAGGUCGUGGUCCACUGGGACGACCACACGUACGAGCCUCUGGGGCGCUGGAUCCCCGUCAGGGACAUCUCCAGGAGGGCCCAUUAG